CUCCCUCCAGCCGCCGCUCCGCUUCGGGCGUGUCCUUCGGGUCUCCAUGGCGACAGGACGCGGCCGGCUCCUGCAGCAGCACUGGCGCGGCCUCCAGGCGCUGAGUUUGGCGCCUGGCGGCAUUGGCAGGGCCGCCGGGCACACCUGGUUCAGACGUGCCAGCCUGAAGCAGUGCGCCGGGCGGCGAGAGCUCCGGGACAAGUUCACGGCUAACCGCUCUGUGUCCCUGGACAGCCUGCCUUCCGAGGUCCUGCUGAAGAUCUUCUCCUGCUUGGACGCCGUGACCCUGCUGUGCGCGGGAUGCGUGAACAGGCGCUUUCAUCAUCUGGCCAAUGACAAUUUUCUUUGGAUCAGAAUCUAUUCUGCGGCCUUUUCACCUAAAAGGUCUAAUUGGAAAGCUAAGUCUGCCGGGAAGCCCGUUGGAUCAGGGACGGUGCCGUCGGUGAAGGAUAAAGAAGCUGGAUACUGGAAGAGAGAAUACAUUUCAAGGCAAAGAGCAUCUGUGCGGGCGGCGCUCGCCCAGGUCCUCAAGCCUGUGAGCCACUACACGGGGCUGCCGGUGAAGACCCAGGAGGCCCUCAGAAUAUCUGGUUUAGGUUGGGUAAUAAUAUUGAAAGAAAAAAAUGGAAAAGAAUACAUCAUGGAGCAUAUUGACCUUUCCAUAAACGAUUCAUCAGUGACGAUUACGUGGUAUGGCAAAAAUUGGCCACGGCUAGCCACGCUGUCAACCUUAGAUGUGUGUGGUGUGACCCCAGUUUUCAUGGACCGGGCCAACCCUCCCUCCAAAAGUGGACCUCGGUGGCAUUCCUUAAUUGCAAAGUACAACCUGAGUAACUUAACCAAAUCCACCAUGAUUGGCGGGGACGGACUCAUUCGGAUCUUCUGCAUGCACCCGGGCCUCUUGGUGGGGCUGUGGAAGAGGGAGGAAGAACUGGCUUUUGUUACGGCAAACCUUCACCUCCAUCAGCUUGUGGAGAAGAGCACGUUAGGCUCAGCCACCGUCCCCUACGAGCUACCUCCUCACACCCCGCUUCUGGACGACAGCCUGGAGCAUGGACUGCAUGGCUACCAGCUCCACGUUGAUCUGCACAGCGGUGGAGUUUUCUACCUGUGUGGGACAUUUCGCAAUCUCUUUACCAAUAAAGGGUACAUUGAAGACGGAUAUGUGAAGAUUGUUGUUAUAAGUUUUAAAAAUAAGGCAGAACAUCUACCUCUUAUUGGAAAAGUUGGCCUCUCUUGGAGAACUGAUAUUUUCGAUGGCUGUAUAAAGAGUUGUUUUAUAAUGGACCUAACUCUUUUGGAUGAAUAUGGGAAGCCGUUUUGGUGUUUCAGUUCUCCAGUUUGCAUGAGGUCUUCAGGGCCCUCGGACGCUCCCAACUUCUUGGAACAGACUUACUAUGUUGACUAUGUGGACGCGGAAGGAAAAGUGCACGUGGAGCUGGUGUGGAUCAAGGAGACGGAAGAGUACUUCAUCGCCAGCCUCGUCCUCUACCCGAGGAUAGCAAAAAUAAACCGCUGGUUCGGGACCGCCUACUGAGUGUUGGCAGCGGGCGGACCAGUGUUGCUAUUUGUUUGUUCUUGGUGUCGGGAGUUGAAUAAAGCAGGAGUCUGUUUGAUGCCUUUUUAUUUCA